AUCUCAUAAAAAUCUCGGGAAUUGUAAACAAACUUUCUUGAACAUUUCUUUCUCGAUUUUCAUUGUUAAUAAAAAUGCUUUCUCUUAAUAAAUUUCUAAUUUCGGCCAAAUCAAUCUUAAAUCCAAGAUUUGCCGCUUCGUUUCAAAGCGCGAAUUUCUCAUCCAUUGAAGAGAGGUUGGGUCUCCCACAAAGACCAAAAAAGCCACUUACUCCUUAUUUUCGCUUUCUUACUGAAAUCCGACCAAAAGUAACCAAGGAAAAUCCUAAUCUUUCAAUAACUGAUACAGUAAAAUUAUGUGCCAAGAAAUGGGCAGAAUGUGAUGAAAAUAUUAAGCGACCCUACGAAGAAGCAUACAUGAAAGAAAAGGAAAAGUUUAUUAACGAAAUUGCAAAGUAUGAAAGCAAACUUACAGAUGAACAUAGAGCUAUGAUCUCUGAAGCUCGCGAAGACAUGGAAAUUCAGAAAGAAAAACGAGCUUACAGAAAGAAAAUCCGUGAAAAUGAUAAACCUAAAAAGCCAGCAUCAGGAUUCUUGCGAUACCUCAAGGAAAUGAAUGCCACAGAAAGCCGAGGAGAUAAAAAAUUCCACGAUCACGUCAAAAGUAUUGCUGAAAAAUGGAAUGCUCUUCCCGAAUCCAAGAAAAAUGUAUACAACGAAGCAUGUCGUAAUGAAAAUAUAAAAUACAAACAAGAACUGACAAAAUGGGAACUUAAAAUGAUUCGUUUGGGUAACACUGACAUAGUAAGACAAGAAGCUCUUCUUGAGCCUCAAAAGUCUACAAAAUCAAGAAAAGCAGGACGCUCCCAUGACGAUUGAGAACUCGGGUGGUGUCCUGACUCUCUCGAUGAUAAAAACAGUUUUUCAUCCAACAUUCUUCCUCAAAAUAAUUUACAACAACAACAACCCAAUGCUCCUCUUCCAAAUGUUGAUGAGAAUAAGGAAAUUAAAGUUAAGACAGAAGAAAGAAAAUUAGAAUCAUCAUCAGAGGAAGUAUCGGAGUCAGACACCACGGGUGACAACAUCAAAAAUAAAAAUAUAAACCAAACAGAAACAAACAAAUCCUCAGAAGCACUAACACCAACAGAUAAAUCAAACCAAACCAGUAAGGAAACCGUGUUGAACAAAUUGAAAGAUUUCUUCAAAUUCUAAUCUGUUUGUUGUUGACACUUCUGGAAAUCACCUCAUUUAAAUGUUCACUAACAAACGACAUCCCCAAAAAAAAAUCAUAGAAUUUUAGUUAUUAGAGCUUAUUGAAUUUUAAGAAUGAAAUAUUUUUUCUUUUCUCUCAUAAAGUGAAUAAAGUUUUGAAUAAAAAAGAUUAA